UUGUUUAGGUGUGAGCGUACUGGAGCUACGUACGUACUAAAUGAAAUCGGUUUAGUAGUGUUACAAACGUGUUGCGAGGCGAUCUUUCUUCUUUCAAAUCCAACAUGGUAGUUUUUACAGCAAGCGGGCUUAUGCCCCCAGUAUUUACGCCUCUGAAUGACGAUCUCACCGUCAACUAUGGGGCCAUUCCAGCGUAUGCUAAAUACUUAGCAGAAAAUGGCAUCAAAUCUGUGCUGGUGGGGGGCACUACAGGAGAGAAUAUGUCCCUCAGUGUGGCGGAAAGGAAGAAGCUGGUCGACGCGUGGGUGACCGCUGGAAGGACCAACGGGCUCCACGUUAUGGUGCAAGUGGGCGGAGCGCCGCUGGCUGAUGUUUUAGAUCUGGCUCAAUAUUGCGAGAAGGCAGGAGCGGAUUCCCUCCUGACGCUCCCAGAGCUUUACUUCAAGCCACAGACCGUGCCUGAGUUAGUCUUCUACGUGGAACAGGUGGCAAAGGCCGCGCCCAACUUGCCUGUGCUGUAUUACCACAUCCCUAGCAUGAGCAAGGUUGAAAUAAACAUGCCGGCAUUCGUGACUGCGGCUACUGAACGCAUACCAAACUUCAAGGGCCUCAAGUUCACUUCCAACGACUUGAGCGAAGCCGCUCAGGUCUUGAGGAGCCUGAAGAAAGGCCAGGAGAUGUUCUUGGGGGCUGACACUUUGCUGGCCCCCGCUGCUCUCCUCGGCAUCAAAUCCAGCAUAGGAACCACUUUCAGUCUCUUCCCUCGUCUGGCGCAGGAAAUCGUCCAAGCGGUUGAGAAUAACCAAGUUGUUAAAGCCAAGGAGUUGCAGGAGAAACUCUGUCUGGCGAUCGAAGCACAUACCCCUGAAGGUCCAUGGGUGCCAAUUAUGAAAGCUGGGAUGGAAAUUGUAACUGGAAUCAAGGUCGGCCCUCCGUCUCUCCCUCAGAGGCCUCUUUCGAAUGAAGCCAGGGAACGAAUUGCGAACAAACUGAAGAAGCUGAGUUUGACAUAAAGUUGUACCGAGAGUUUUUUAUGCUAUUGUAAAUAAAAUCGUUAUCAUU